GUAGAGGGUACAGCAACAACCUACCAGGGUGGUUUGUCUGAGCAAGAAGACAAUUGACAUUUGAAUUGAAGGUGAUAUUUGGCUGAACAAACUUGUUGUCAACAACAUUUUCUAAAAUCGAAUUACAGAGAUGAAUGACAUCAGGAAGUCCCCUGGUAUCAAUUUUGGCGUGUGAACGAACAGCUCUCUGGGAUUUUACAGGUGUUGGCCGCAUUGCCAAGUGGCACAGCAGCAAGGUGCGCGCAGAAGUAGGCUACUCCUCUGUGCCAUAGCCAUGCCCCCGUUCAGGUAUACUGUUACCGGCUGCUGGAUCUACUAUUGUGUUGGGCUGAUGGUUUUCCUGGUCGCCCCGGGCGAUGCAGGUUGUGAGGACGUGGGUUUUUGCUGCACCGGCCGCGACCCGUCGUGCAUCAGUAAGGGAUGGAGAGCUGACCGCUCAUAUGGCACCUGCUAUUGCGACCAGGCUUGUACCUUUACCCUGGACUGCUGUCAUGAUUAUGAACUAGCCUGCCCAGGUAAGAAGUUUGAGAAAUUAUACAGUUGAAGUUGGAAGUUGUCAACCACUCCACAAAUGUCUUGUUAACAAACUAUAGUUUUGGCAAGUCGGUUAGGACAUCUACUUUGUGCAUGACACAUGCAUGACACAAGUAAUUUUUCCAAGAAUUGUUUACAGACAGAUUAUUUCACUUAUAAUUCACUGUAUCACAAUUCCAGUGGGUCAGAAGUUUACAUACACUAAGUUGACUGUGCCUUUAAACAGCUUGGAAAAUUCCAGAAAAUGAUGUCAUGGCUUUAGAAGCUUCUGAUAGGCUAAUUGACAUCAUUUGAGUCAAUUGGAGGUGUACCUGUGGAUGUAUUUCAAGGCCUACCAUCAAACUCAGUGCCUCUUUGCUUGACAUCAUGGGAAAUCAAAAGAAAUCAGCCAAGACCUCAGAAAAAGAAUUGUAGACCUCCACAAGUCUGGUUCAUCCUUGGGAGCAAUUUCCAAAUGCUUGAAGGUACCGCGUUCAUCUGUACAAACACUAGUACGCUAGUAUAAACACCAUGGGACCACAGAAGCAAUCAAUCAAUCAGAUUCCAAACUCUCCACCAUGGCCAAGACCAAAGAGCUCUCCAAUGAUGUCAGGGACAAGAUUGUAGACCUACACAAGGCUGGAAUGGGCUACAAGACCAUCGUCAAGCAGCUUGGUGAGAAGGUGACAACAGUUGGUGGAUUAUUCGCAAAUGGAAGAAACACACAAUAACUGUCAAUCUCCCUCGGCCUGGGGCUCCAUGCAAGAUCUCACCUCGUGGAGUUGCAAUGAUCAUGAGAACGGUGAGGAAUCAGCCCAGAACUACACGGGAGGAUCAUGUCAAUGAUCUCAAGGCAGCUGGGACCAUAGUCACCAAGAAAACAAUUGGUAACACACUACGCCGUGAAGGACUGAAAUCCUGCAGCGCCCGCAAGGUCCCCCUGCUCAAGAAAGCACAUAUACAUGCCCGUCUGAAGUUUGCCAAUGAACAUCUGAAUGAUUCAGAGGAGAACUGGGUGAAAGUGUUGUGGUCAGAUGAGACCAAAAUUGAGCUCUUUGGCAUCAACUCAACUCGCCGUGUUGGAGGAGGAGGAAUGCUGCCUAUGACUCCCAAGAACACCGUCCCCACCGUCAAACAUGGAGGUGGAAACAUUAUGCUUUGGGGGUGUUUUUCUGCUAAGGGGACAGGACAACUUCACCUCAUCAAAGGGACGAGGGACGGGGCCAUGUACUUUCAAAUCUUGUGUGAGAACCUCCUUCCCUCAGCCAGGGCAUUGAAAAUGGGUCGUGGAUGGGUAUUCCAGCAUGACAAUGACCCAAAACACACGGCCAAGGCAACAAAGGAGUGGCUCAAGAAGAAGCACAUUAAGGUCCUGGAGUGGCCUAGCCAGUCUCCAGACCUUAAUCCCAUAGAAAAUCUGUGGAGGGAGCUGAAGGUUUGAGUUGCCAAACGUCAGCCUCGAAACCUUAAUGACUUGGAGAAGAUCUGCAAAGAGGAGUGGGAUAAAAUCCCUUCUGAGAUGUGUGCAAACCUGGUGGCCAACUACAAGAAACGUCUGACCUCUGUGAUUGCCAACAAGGGUUUUGCCACCAAGUACUAAGUCAUGUUUUGCAGAGGGGUCAAAUACUUAUUUCCCUCAUUAAAAUGCAAAUCAAUUUCUGACAUGUGUUUUUCUGGAUUUUCUUGUUGUUAUUCUGUCUCUCACUGUUCAAAUAAACCUACCAUUAAAAUGAUAGACUGAUCAUUUCUUUGUCAGUGGGCAAACGUACAAAAUCAGCAGGGGAUCAAAUACUUUUUUCCCUCACUGUAGAUGGCAUCAUGACGAAGGAAAAUUAUGUGGAUAUAUUGAAGCAACAUCUCAAGACAUCAGUCAGGAAGUUAAAGCUUGGUCGCAAAUGGGUCUUCCAAAUGGACAAUGACCCCAAGCAUACUUCCAAAGUUGUGGCAAAAUGGCUUAAGGACAACAAAGUCAAGGUAUUGGAGUGGCCAUCACAAAGCCCUGACCUCAAGCCUAUAGAAAAUGGAGGCCUACAAACCUGACUCAGUUACACCAGCUCUGUCAGGAGGAAUGGGCCAACAUUCACCCAACUUAUUGUGGGAAGCUUGUGGAAGGCUACCCGAAACGUUUGACCGAAGUUAAACAAUUUAAAGGCAAGAUAUGGCAGACAUUCUUUCUAAUUGAGUGUAUGUAAAGUUCUGACCAACUGGGAAUGUGAUGAAAGAAAUAAAAGCUGAAAGAAAUAAUUCUCUCUACUAUUAUUCUGACAUUUCACAUUCUUAAAAUAAAGUGGUGAUCCUAACUGACCUAAAACAGGGAAUUUUUACUAGAAUUAAAUGUCAGGAUUUGUGAAACACUGAGUCUUCAACUGUAUGUUGGCCAAAUUGUGUCAAUAAAAUAAAAUUGUAUUUGUCACAUGCGCCGAAUACAACAGGUGUAUACCUUACAGUGAAAUGCUUACUUACAAGCCCUUAACCAACAAUGCAGUUUUAAGAAAAAUAACUGUUAAGUAAAACAUUUUUUUAAAUAACAAAUAAUUAAAAUAACAGUAGCGAGGCUACAUACAGGUGGUGGUACCAGUACAGAGUCAAUGUGCGGGGGCACAGGUUAGUCGAGGUAAUUGAGGUAAUAUAUACAAGUAGGUAGAGUUAAAGUGACUAUGCAUAUAUAAUAAAUAGAGUAGCAGCAGUGUAAAAGAGGGGGGAACAAUGUAAAAAGUCCGGGUAGCCAUUUGAUUAGCUGUUCAGGAGUUUUAUGGCUUUGGGGUAGAAGCUGUUAAGAAGCCUUCUGGACCUAGACUUGGCGCUCCGGUACAGCUUGCCGUGCGGUAGCAGAGAGAACAGUCUAUGACUAGGGUGGCUGGAGUCUUUGACAAUUUUUAGGGCAUUCCUCUGACACCGGCUGGUGUAGAGGUCCUGGAUGGCAGGAAGCUUGGCCCCAGUGAUGUACUGGGCCGUACGCACUGCCCUCUGUAGUGCCUUGUGGUCGGAGGCCGAGCAGGUGCCAUAGCAGCAGUUGCCAUACACUAGCCUGUUAUCUGUGUUUAAAAUCACUGGAUACAUAUGGUGAUUUUAAAACCCAGUUUGGGGCAAGGUAAUUGAGUUUCUCCUGGAAGUGGGUUUAUUAAUUUCAGUGUGAGAUAUAUGAUUUGUUUGUAAUUAAUAUAUACCUUGCUUAUAGAUUUACUGUAUACCAGUAUACUUUAGCUGUCUCACUAUGACUACAUCCUUUUUCAGUAGCAAACAUGGGUAGAGGGCACUACCAUAGUCAUGCUUGUAUUUGCUUUCAUUUCCUCCCUGCUAUGCCCUCACCCUGUACUCCUUCCUCCCUCCUAGCGGUGUCCUGUGUGGUGAGUGAGUGGAGUGCAUGGUCUGGCUGUGCUGAGCCCUGCAGGGCCACAGUUCGGAUGAGGAGCAGGCAGGUCCUGCAGGAGCCCCAGAACGGGGGGGAACCCUGUCUACACGUAGAGGAGCAUGCCGGCUGUGCAGAGUAUAAGGACCACCCCCGGCAGUGCAGCAAAUCACUUGGUAAGGACCACAGCCACAUAUAUAGCCUUAGGUUGCAUCUGGCUCUGGAAAGGACCUUACAUAUGCCCUUAUUGGCCUCUUGUCUAUGUCAAAUAUCCCUCUGUCUUCAAAUAAAGGUCACCUUCCCAGGUGAAGUCUUCUGACAUCUAUGAUACCACCUGGUUAAAUAAUGUUAAAUAAAAAAAACAUAAUGUGUGUAGGGGAGCUAAAGCUGUUGUUGUUGUCAUGAUGUUGUUAUUAUGGAUGUUGUUGUCUUUGCAGUCCCGGCUCUCAUCACUACCGGUGGCUAUGGCAACGCCAGGAAGAAGAGAGACAUCCCUGUUAAAAAUGAUGAUGUCGCAGGGUGAGAGAUCCAGUUUAUGUGUUUGUGCCCUUUCAUAGUAUUCCUGUUAUCUUCAGAGAAAUAUGAUAUCUGACCCCUGUGAAUGUGUGUAUGUGUGUACGUCUAUAUAUGCUUGUGUGUGUGCCUGUGUAUGUGUGUAUGGUUAUCCAGGUACUGUGUGCAGUUUCAGCUGACCUCCAUGACCCCUGGGUGCCAGCGUAGUGUGGGGCCACACACCCGCUGGAUGCACUACCUGAGGGAGGGCCACAAGGUGUGUGUGGAGUGCCAGCCUCCGGCCCUCGCUGCCGGGCAGAGACACUGUUCUGGAGACGGGGAGGAGGAGGAGAGGUAAGACAAGCUGGGCCCACAAGCAGAGGACAGGCUAUAGAUAUGUAGUAAAGAUUUAAGUCAUGUUUACAAACUAACCCAAUAUUGUGUUUCUUGUUUGGAGAGAGUCAGAUUUCAGCCACUAGGUGGCAGUCUUAGUCUAGACUAGUGCCUCUUAAAACUGUCUAGUAAACAACAGUUGUUUCUCUCUCUCUCCAACUCCCCCCCCUCUCUCUCUAACUCUCUGUCUCUGAUUCUCUCUCUCUCCCUCCCACAUCUCUCAGUGGCAGGCAGUCUCUGCAGUGGCAGGCGGUGGGAAACCCCAGGUGUCGUGGUGUGUGGAGACGUUUUGGGAGACUAGACUCCUGCUCCUGUCCCACCGUCCACAGCUUCCUCUUCAUAUAACCCUGGACAGCUUCCUCUUCAUAUAACCCUGGACAGCUUCCUCGGACAGCUUCCUCUUCAUAUAACCUGGACAGCUUCCUCUUCACCCUGGACAGUGACAGUUUCCUCUUCACCCUGGACAGAUGCCUCUUUAUAUAACCCUAGACAGAAAUUCCUCUUCAUAUAACCCUGGACAGAUUACUCUUUAUAUAACUCUGGACAGCUUCCCCUUCAUAUAAUCCUGGACAGCGUCCCCUUCAUAUAACCCUGGACAGCUUCCUUUUCAUAUAACACUGGACAGCUUCCUCUUCACCCUGGACAGCUUCAUCUUCAUAUAACCCUGGACAGCUUCCCCUUCACCCUGGACAGCUUCCUCUUUAUAUAACCCUGGACAGAUUCCUCUUCACCCUGGACAGCUUCCUCUUCAUAUAACUCUGGACAGCUUCCCCUUCAUAUAACCCUGGACAGCUUCCCCUUCAUAUAACCCUGGACAGCUUCCUUUUCAUAUAACACUGGACAGCUUCCUCUUCACCCUGGACAGCUUCCUCUUUAUAUAACCCUGGACAGAUUCCUCUUCACCUUGGACAGAAUCCUCUUUAUAUAACCCUAGACAGAUUCCUCUUUAUAUAACCCUGGACAGCUUCCUCUUCCUAUAACCCUGGACAGCUUCCUCUUUAUAUAACCCUGGACAGCUUCCCCGUCACAUAACCCUGGACAGCUUCCUCUUCAUAUAACCCUGGACAGAUUCCUCUUCACCACGGACAGCUUCCCCUUCAUAUAACCCUGGACAGCUUCCUCUUCAUAUAACCCUGGACAGCUUCCUCUUCAUAUAAGCCUGGACAGCUUCCUCUUCAUAUAACCCUGGACAGAUUCCUCUUUAUAUAACCCUAGACAUAUUCCUCUUUAUAUAACCCUAGACAGAUUUAUCUUCAUAUAACCCUGGACAGCUUCCUUUUCAUAUAACCCUGGACAGCUUCCUCUUCAUAUAAACCUGGACAGAUUCCUCUUUAUAUAACCCUGGGUUACUGUCUACCUCCUCUUCAUGGACAUACAGACACAGGACAGCACAGGGAUCAGGCAUAAUCAAAAAGCAGCACAGACCAUGCUGUGUGUGCAUUCAUAUGGACCAGAAUGUACCAGUGUCUCCCAUAACAUUUGAUAUGAAACCUCUGCCAACAAUUAAGUCUUGUUUAUGUGGCUGUUUUGGGUAAUUUUGUUCUCUGGUUGGACAGAAUCUUCCUUCUGAAACAUGCUAUUGUAGAUCUGUUUCUUUUCUAAGAGUAUGUAACUGUCAGUUCAAUUUUUCUUUGCAUCACUGAAAGCCUUCAAUAAUGCCUGGAAUACAUGUCAGUAAUCAAAACUCAAACCAUUAAUGAAUUAGAUUUUAUUUCACUUUCAGUCAUCCAAGGGGAAUGUAAAGAAAGAUCUUGGGAAAUGUAGACCCUUUUUACAGGACCGGUAAACUGGAGUUGUGCAUGUGUUUCACACCUAGUCACGGCUCCAAAGUUACGACAUGCAUUGAUAGAACAACAGAACGUUUAUACAGAAACAACAUACAGCAUAGGAAAGACAACAGGUAGAAAUAUUACAAAACAAACAGUAGCCUAGAGACCUACAAACAGUAGAAGAAGAGGAAAUUGUGUACGUUACAAUGACUGGUGGAUUCAGCAAGGUUGGAGUCAAUUCCAUCUAUUGGAUCAAUUCUUUAAUUGAAUUCUAAUUUACCAAAGCAUUUCAAAUGGACCCCAACUCUGAAAUCGAACAUACAUUUAAUUGGCAUUUGGCUAAUUCCUAAUUGUAUGUUUUUUUAUAUCUUAUCAAAAAAUAAGAGAAAUAAAAGAAGUCUCUUGAUUGUGCUUUCUCAUUAAAACAUAACAUUUACAAAUCCUUUGACACCAGAAACCCUCUUGUACAGGAACACAGUAAAAGUUAAAAGUCUUGUACACUACAGGAUGUUUGGAUGUUGGGUGACUGGAAAUGGAAGAGAGGACUGAUGUAUAAAGUGCCCUUUAAGAAGAACAUGGUUUUUUAAACAUACCAGUCAGUGGUCACAGUAUAGUAGUAAACUCAUUUGACCUUGUCAGAAUAUUGUCCAGAAUCAUCCCUCCUACCAAAACAAAAAUAUAUAAAGGCUAUAAGUAGAUACUUGACCUGUAUGUGUCUGUAUGUCUGUCCAUGACAUGUGAUCCAGCCAGUCUGUCCAUCCUACAUUGGAUCUUCUCUUCACAAUGCUACAAUGUAUUUCAUGUCUAUUCAUGAGGAAUUGAUUGUCAUCAUUCUUUAAAGAGAUAGUUUCCAUAACAAAACAGUCCCUGACUCCCACAAUAUAUUCUUACAGUGAGAGUAUAAAUUGAUGUAUGGUAAUGUGAAACAUAGGGGACAGCAACACAUAUCUCAGUGUUAGACAAUGCUCAAUACCAGAACCGUGCACGAGAAGCCAGCACUCUACAGGGGACAGCCAAUUCGACCUCCGGGGCGGAUGAUGAGAAGGAUUUGAAAUGCAUUGUUAACAUAAUGAACAUAAAACAGUGACAUUGUACUGUAUGUCCACCCUAAAGUUAAAAUCAUUCAUGUUAACAUUGUCUAACAUAGUGGAAGUCUAAUUAUCUCUUCUGUGCAAAUGAACUUCCAUACCAGCACACACUCUCUCAUAUACACACGCAUGCACACCACUGUGACUGUUCAGGCCUAAGCAUUCAAUAGGCUGUGAACCAGUGUCAUUAAAUAGGCUGUGAACUAGAGUGUUUUGUGAAGGUAGAGAUUGCCUUGAAGCACUCUACAGGCAGAGAAAAACACUCCAGCCAGUGAAAAAGCGUUGCUCAGUAUUUCUGAGGCAAAUGGUGUUCCCCAGAUAUUACUGUAACACUAGUCACUGUUGAUGAUCACAGGAGCAGUCUGUAGGGCUGAAAACGACAUACACCCUCUUUAAAUCAGAACUAUCUCGUCACAUAUGCACGCACGCACACACACACACACCGGAAGCAGCUCAUCUUCCUCCACUAAGCAGUAACCACAGCUCUAAUCACCAGCUCUCUGCUUGGCUGAGCAGCACUCCCUCUUAAAAACGAUCAACACACACACAGUUUUUCAGAGGUUCUGCCCCUUCCACAGUCAUUGUUAUUCCGUUCACACCUCAGCUCCACUCGCUCGGAUCCAGCUCAGACAGGAACACCAGUGAUACAUGUGACUCUCUGGAGAUGCAGCAUUCUCCCCUUUGCACUUUUUCUCAGAGCGAGUGAGAGAAAGAGAGCAAAGGACAAACGCAUGGACGUGUGUUGUGGGUCUGUCUUUGUAUUUAUAAGCAUCUUCGGUGAUAUCUAUGCACUGUGAUGUGUCUAUUAUUCAGAAAGCAUUAUCAUGCAUAUAUUCAAAACUAGGGUUGCAUUAUGCCUGUAUCUGAAUGACAGAACAAUGCAGGGGGGCUGUAGCUACAUGAGGUGUAUUUAUCUAUGUACAUACCUGUGUACUAACUACAGUAUGUUUGAGAGUUUGCAAACUGUAUAAAUGGAUAAGAAUGUAUGCAUUUUGAUACCAUCAGACUACCCACCCUAAUUAGCAGAGCUAUGCAGCUCUGGUAUCAGCCUUGCCAGGACAAAAUCUGUUACUAUGGAAACUGGGCUGGAGCUAUCUUGAAGAUGUCUACCAUAUAAGACCUGUGUAUCGGCUGGCCUUUUAAUGUGUCUGUCUGUGUGAGUGUAUGAAUGUCUGUGUGAAUGAAUGCAAAUGCACUCAAAUAAGACUAGACUUGCUAUUCAAUCCAAACCUGUAACCAGGUUUCCAGGAUAAGUGAAAUGUAACACUUCCCUUUCUUAAUUAAUGUGCUGUUCAGAUAGCGUUCUGGACUAAUUUAUGACUUGUACUGCGUGUAGGAUCUCUCAGUCUCUGUCUCUCUCGCUCCAUCCCCUGUUCGGUACAUGAAUGCCUUGGAGCAGAGCUCUCCUAAAUGUGUGCUUGAUGCACAAAUCUUCAGGGAUGAUUAUGAUUACUGACUUUGAUACCAAAAAUGUUUAUUUCAACCAUUCCCCUCUGACUAAAACUCAGUGUAACACAAAACAACAGACAAUCAAGACACAUUCACAGACAGAAAUGGAAGAUCAGAUGUGGUACUCUACUCUCACCACAAGAUAAACAAACUGUACCAAGAAGAACAAGACUCUUGUGACAGAAUGUGGUUUUUCACUAAAACAAGUCUGGAUUGAACCUCCAAUAACUGUCUGACAAGAAUACAUAUCUCAUACAGAAAUACUCAAACAGAUAUGGUCAUGACACAACAGACUAGUAAAUCACAGAUUCCUAUAGGUAACCUCCUUUAUCUAUAUAAAAAUAAAUUAAUCAGGUAAGACAAUCUCAAAAUGUGGAUACAUUUACAUUUACAUUUUAGUUAUUUAGCAGAUGCUCUUAUCCAGAGCGACUUACAGGAGCAAUUAGGGUUAAGUGCCUUGCUCUAGUAAAUUAUCCUUUAAACAUGUGCACACAAACUCACUCAAACGCACGCACGCAUACACACACACAAGCUCAAACACAUACACACAUACUCACAUAUGACUAAGGCCAGGUUUGGGGCUAGGGGGGCACUAGUAAGUAGCUUAUUGGCAUCUACCAUAACUCCUCUUCUGGAAUCCGUACUACAGUGUGAGCUGGGCUGGGGCUCAGGGUGGAAUGGGACAGUGGUCAGCUGAGAUAGAUAGACCUGUAGGAGAAUAUGACUGUCUUUCUAUCCCUAUGCUCACAACAUUAAUCUCUCCUUGCUGUUCCCCGCCUCCCGGUUUCCCCCCUCAUCCAUUCUGCCUCACCUCUUUCCCCCUACACCAGAGCCCCAACCAACCAACAGACCAUUUCCCUUCCCAGCAUGCUCUGCUUUGACCUUUGACCUACUACCACGUCUCCCUGUGGGGCCCCUGCUCAGUUGGGUCCCUGGGAGUGCUCUGCCCAGUUCUGUGGUAGCUAGUGUACUGUGGCUAAAAGGGAGGGAGGAAGGGGGGAGAGGAGGGAGAGUGGUGUUCUCAAUCUUUUCCCAGAGUAUUCAACACCACACCACAGCCCAAACUCUGCCCUGAAUCUCUCUCAUUUCCUGGCCCUUUCUGUUAGUUUGUAAAGGGACUCGGCACAGUGUCUCUCUUUCUUUCCUUCUCUUUCAUUCUUUCUUUCUCUCUCUCUCUAUCACUUUCUCUUUCUCGCCUUCCUCACAGCAGCUUGUCCAUGUCUCUCUGGAUGUCCCUGGAUGUCCCUCUGCAGCUCAGAGGCUCUCAUCCAUGGUACUAGACUUUCCUCUGUCCCCUUUGGGCCUGCGGGGCAGCUCCGGCACCACAUGGUUCUCCAUGUGGCCCCCACUCCCCCGCGUCCCCCCAUCCAGGCCGGGGAACAGGCAGUUCUGCCCCAGCAUUCGCUGGGUGGUGCUUGAUGCCAGGUGGUUGAUGCCUCUCUGGUUGUAGCCGCUGUUGAUGUUCCUGCUGCGUUUAGGGGCACUGGAGCCAGUCAGCAGGCACUCCGAGGGGCUGGUGGCGUCAGACAUGUCCCGCAGGUGCUCGUCAUCAUCCGUAUCGGCGUCAAUGUACUUACUGAUGGAGGAGUCGUGGAAGGUGAAGACAGACGGGGUGGAGGUCAGGGCCGUGGUCAGGGUGGAACUGUCCGGAGACUUGGGUGGGGUCCUGCUGCUGGCUGUGGUGUAG